UAUUUACAGUUGGAAGGCCAAGUGGAAGAUUGUCAUUGUCAAGUAGAAACGGUCGAUAAAGUCAAUAAUCUCAAAAUCUUUCCGUUACUUCAAACUUUGGUGCAGUAUAAUUACUUUAAGUUUUAUCCGGUCAAUUUAAUAAAACCUUGCCCAUUCUGGCAUGAUGAUAAUCGAUGUGUACUACGCCAUUGCUCCGUCAAUGAAUGCAAGGAAACUGAAUUACCAGCAGGACUUCGAGGCAAGCCACGCUUACUCAAUAAAAGAAGCUCUAACGAUAUCGACAAUGAUGUCGAUUGUAAAAAAUAUGCUGCUGAAAAUGAUGUUUUAGGCAAAAUCGACUCCACUUUAACCGAUCAAGACAAACGUGCAUUUGUAGGAUGGAAACAACAUGAUGACUCAGGGGAUAAUUUCUGCGAUAUCGACGAUGAAAAUGCAUCCGACGUAAAGUAUGUCAAUCUACUACUGAAUCCUGAACGAUUCACAGGAUAUGGUGGCAAAUCGGCUCAUCGAAUUUGGAAAACUAUUUACAACGAAAACUGCUUUACUCCUGCAAAGUCUUACAAAGACAUUGCUAUAUCAGGAUUUACGCAAGGACUCUGUCUUGAAAAGAGAGCUUUCUUUCGAUUAAUUUCUGGUAUGCAUGCCAGCGUAAAUAUCCAUUUAUCAGCUAAAUAUCUUUUACCAGCUACUUUUAUGAGAGGUAAAAGUUCUUUUCGUUGGGGACCUAAUGUACAUGAAUUUCAAAAUCGUUUCUCUUCUGAAAAUACCAAUGGAGAAGGUCCAUUGAAAUUAAAGAAUCUCUAUUUUGCCUACCUGGUGCUAUUAAGAGCUGUUACGAAAGCUGCGCCAUAUUGGGAAAAAAUGGAUUUUUACACUGGCAACACCACCGAAGAUGAAAGUGUUAAAAGAAUAAUACUAGAUAUUGUAUCCAUAGCAAAAUCAAACUGUAAUGGAUCUUUUGAUGAAACUGAGCUAUUUGCUGGAGAGCCAGAAAAAGCUCUUGCGUUAAAGAAAGAAUUUCGCGAUCACUUUCGGAAUAUCUCCAAGAUAAUGGAUUGCGUUGGAUGUAAUAAAUGUCGCUUGUGGGGAAAGAUACAGGUCCGUGGUAUCGGUACGGCAUUAAAGAUCCUCUUUUCAGUGAAAAAUGAAGCUUUAAAUAACGCAGAUAAAUUUCAUUUGAAGCGUCCUGAAAUUAUAUCAUUAAUUAAUACAUUAGCAAGGUACUACCUGAGCAAUUUUAAAUUUAUUGACUGUAGACAUCGUUUGCAAUGCAAUCAAUUAUCAAUAGGAUACAGUAAUGGUUGUAAGUAA